CGUCUUCUCCACCCUAACACAAAUUACGUUUCUAGGGUUUUAGAGUUUCCGCACGGAUCACGAAUCACGAAUCUCUCACUUCACUUUCAAUAAUAACACAAACAUCAUGACUACCGAAGAGAAAGAGAUCCUCGCCGCCAAAUUGGAGGAACAAAAGAUCGAUCUCGAUAAGCCUGAAGUUGAGGACGAUGAUGAUAACGAAGACGAUGACUCCGAUGACGAUGAUAAGGAUGAUGACGAGGCUGAGGGAGCAGAUGGAGAGGCAGGAGGUAAGUCAAAACAAAGCAGAAGCGAGAAGAAGAGUCGCAAAGCUAUGCUGAAGCUCGGAAUGAAACCCAUCACUGGUGUUAGCCGAGUCACCGUCAAGAAGAGCAAGAAUAUCUUGUUUGUCAUAUCAAAACCUGAUGUGUUCAAGAGCCCUGCAUCAGACACAUAUGUGAUCUUUGGAGAGGCCAAGAUCGAGGAUUUGAGCUCUCAACUCCAGUCGCAGGCGGCAGAGCAAUUUAAGGCUCCAGAUCUCAGCAACGUCAUUUCAAAGGGUGAGUCCUCAAGCGCUGCAGUGGUUCAAGAUGAUGAGGAGGUUGAUGACGAAGGUGUUGAGCCAAAGGACAUUGAGUUGGUGAUGACCCAAGCAGGAGUGUCUAAGCCAAGGGCUGUGAAGGCUCUCAAGGCUGCAGAUGGAGAUAUUGUCUCUGCCAUCAUGGAGCUUACCACCUAAACCAAAAUCUUUUCUACAUAGACGUGGUUUAACUCGAGUUAUAUGCCAGAGAUUGUCCAAAGUACUUUGGGAAUUUGUGGUUUCAAUGUUUCCUUGAAGAGAUUUUCAAUGUUGUAUCAUUAUAAACCCCCAUAAGUUAUUGAAAUUAAGUUUACCUUAUAUAUUGAAA